AUGGCUCACGCAAACCCCGCUCAGACUAAUGGCGAUGGCCUCCCUCCUGGCACCACCAGACUCAUUGACGUGGACGGCACCGUCAUCAGCAAACAUGCUACCGGAUCCGAUGAGGCGGACAUCGUCCUCAUUCCUCGCCCGUCGGAAGACCCAGAGGACCCAUUAAAUUGGACAAAGAAGCGAAAAUGGCUUGCGACAUCUUGCGUCUUGGUUUACACCGUCAUGAUCGCAAUCCCGAGUAGUGCUGUCUAUUCUGUCGUUACCCCCAUCAGAAAGGCAACUGGAUUAUCGCUUUCAGAUAUCAACAAUGGCACGGGAAUCAUGUUUCUGUUCUAUGGCUGGGGUUGUCUGAUCUGGCAACCAUUUGCGCUUCAAUAUGGGAAGCGACCAGCGUACCUGGCGUCUCUUAUCGCCAACAUUUGGUUCGCGCACCAGCGCCCCAAAUACCUUGCACUCUACGGGUGGGGUCUCUCAAUGACGGGAAAGCUCGCCCCAAUGCUUUCAGGCUUCAUCAACGUGGGCAUGGGUUGGAAAUGGACUCUGUGGUGGUGUUCUAUUUUCAACGGCAUUGCUCUCGUCUACUGCUUCCUUUUCAUGGAGGAGACCAAUUAUGAUCGUCCUGCGAGGCUUGUCGAGGACAGAACAUCCUUAGGCCAUGCGGCCGGAGCUCAAGAGCAACACAACGGAAGCGAUGCGGACGAGAAGUCUUCUGAUAAAGCGGGCGAGAAAAACUUGACAAAUGCCAAACCUAUUGAUACCGAAACCGGACAGAUGAUCUAUCCUCGCAAGACUUAUAUCCAAAAGCUCAGUGUCAAGGACAAGCCUAGGCCCAAUCGCAUGUUGGAUAUCGCACUAGGUGGACUUAGAGGCUUCACAUACCCCUCAGUCGUCUACGCAGGCCUGAUGUACGGUGCCAACAACUUGGUAUGGUCGGGUGUGCAGAAUGCUACCGCUGGCACUGUCUACACCACCAUGUACGGCUUCUCUACUGCCGGUGUAGCAGCGGCCUAUGCCGGAGGCUUACUUGGUACUAUGGUUGGAGGCUAUUACUGCGGCAAGGUUGGUCGGCUGCUCACGAUCCGCCUCGCCCGACGCAACAAUGGAAUCUCCGAGUCGGAACACUCCCUCUGGCUCUUCUCCGCAUCAAUGUUCCUGGUCCCGUUCAGCAUGCUCCUGUACGGUCUGGGUGUGACCUACCAUAUUCACUGGAUGGGUCUCGUAAUCUCCCAGUUCACCCUCGCCAUCAACAACGCCCUCGCCGUGGCAGGAUCCCUCGGAUAUGCUAUCGCGUCGUAUCCGCAGCUUAGCGGUGACAUGAUUACCACAUGCGUCAUCAUCCGCAACACCAUGUCGUUUGCAAUCAACUAUGGAAUCACUCCUUGGUUGAAUCACAUGGGAUAUCGCGAUACCUACAUCAUUGUUGCCGCGAUUGGAUUCGUCUGGAAUGCUAGUAUCUUUGUCAUGACCAAGUAUGGUAGAACUAUCAGAGAGAAGAGUGCAAAGAGGUACUGGCGCCAUGUUGCCAAAGCGCAUGCUAAAGGCCUCAGUCACUGA